CUCCCACCCACGCUGCCCCGUGCCCCCUGCGCCGCCCUGGCCGCCGGCCUCGCUGCAGGGGGGUGAACACAGCGAGGGGCAGGCACCCACAGCACCAUGAACAGGAUCACAGUGUACGAGCGUGCCAACUUUGAGGGGCUGAGCCGAGAGUUCACCUGCGACGUGCCUGACCUGCACGAGCUGGAUUUUGGGAACUGCAUUGCCUCCCUGAAGGUGGAGGGGCAGCCGUGGAUUGCCUACACAGACCCCAAAUACGAGGGGGAGCCGCACGCCUUCGAGGAGGGCGAGUACCCCUCUGUGGAUCGGCCCAAGAGCUUCUCAGCACUGCGCCUCGUGCACCAUGACCUGGGGGACCCCCAGAUCACCCUCUACGAGCACCCCAACUUCCAAGGCGCCUGCAAGGUGGUGACAGAGGAGACCAACUUGGCAUAUGGGUAUUUCAACGACCGGGUGGCCUCCCACGUGGUGCAGCGAGGUGUCUGGCUGCUCUACCAGCAUCCCAGCCGGGGCGGCUGGCACUGCCUGGCAUGGCCCGGCGAGCGUCUGGCUGACUACAAACUGGAGCUGAACUUCCAGUCUCGGCUGUCCCACCUGCGCCCGCUACGGCCCGGGCGGCCCCUGGUCUCAGCACGUCUCCUUUGGGAACAGAAGCGGGUGGAGGAGGAGCGGGAGGUGCUGGUGGAUGAGAUUGAGGGGGUGAACGAGACAGAGUCGGAGCAGGCGCUGGCGGCCAGCAGCAGCCGGGAGUACGGCACCACACUCUGGCAGAGCUUCCACUUCAGCAAUGCCACCAGCCUCAAAGCCGGGCUCUCCUUCACGCUGACAGUGGAAGCUUCCAACAUCUUUACGGUGCAGAAAGGGCGCAGCGAAACCAGCACUCGCCGGCAGCGCGUGGAGGUGCAGCUGCCGGCGAAGAUCCCCCCGCGCACUGCGCUCAGCAUCCAAGUCCUUCGGAAGGAGGUGACGCUCUCUGUCCCGGUCCUGCUCACCAUCACCCAGAACGAGAACGUUCGUAUGGAGAUGGGCGAGUACCGCAGCGUCUCAGGUACCAAUGUCAGUGCUCGCUAUAGCUUAAAGCCACUGCCAGCUACGGGCAGGGAGCAGGCAGCCACCAAGGGGACAGACAUAGUGCCUGGCACCAGGAUGGAACUAUAG